ACCAAUGGGCAUAGGCCGGGCCCGGGAGCGCGACCAAUGGGAGCCGGCGGGCGGAGGCGCGCUGCCCUUUAAGGAGUCGCUGGGCGCCGGGUCCCGGGAACCCGGCGCUUAGAGACAGGCACCGUCCAGGUUUAGCCGCCAUGUCCCUGCAGGCUGAUUUUGACAAGGCGGCCAAAGACGUGAAGAAGCUGAAAACCAGGCCAGAUGAUGAGGAACUAAAAGAGAUCUAUGGACUGUACAAACAGUCUGUAACUGGAGACAUAGAUAUUGAGUGUCCAGCACUGUUAGAUCUAAAAGGAAAGGCUAAGUGGGAAGCCUGGAACCUUCAAAAAGAUAGUUUUUAA